AUGGCAGACUAUAUAUUAGAUGAUAUAGAAUAUCAAGACUAUACUGGAAUAGAGGAUUUACUUCGGGAAUCAAAAAAUGUUGAAACAAAAACAUUAGAUAAAGGAAAUUUUUUUAGUAGUUAUAUUGUUAAAACACCAAUAUCAAUAAAGAUUGGAAAAAAUUUUGAAGAUUGUGACUUUGUUGGUAUCCCAUUUGUAUCUUCACAGGUUCAGGAGAUUAUUAAUAAUUACACAAUUACCAAAGUUAACAAACAAUUAAAAAAGCAAUAUGAAGUAGUUGAUAGCAAGGUUGCUAUUAGUGAUACGUGGAUGUUAGAAAUAGUAGAAAAAGUAAAAGAAGGUUUAGGUAUUGAUAGUAACGAAACCAUUGAUCAUCAAUUUAAUAAAAUGGUAAUUUCAACAAGUGAAGAAUGCACCAUCGAGGAGUCAAAUGACUAUCAAGAUAUAAGUAUCGAUGAUGAAGAAGAUGAAGAUCCCGAAUUUAAUAAAAAUGACCAUAUUGCAACAGUUAUUUUAACAUUACCAUCAAAGCAUCAAGGAGGAGAUAUUGUUUUUAAUAAUCAUUCGGGUACAAAGCGUGUCGUCAGUAAAACAGACUAUGAAUAUACCACAGCACAAGAAAUCAAAUAUUUGGCUUUAUACACCGAUUGCCCAUAUAAUAUCGAAUCGAUUGAUUCUGGAUACCAUGUUUAUUUGAUUUAUAAAUUAUAUAAAACCAGUUCCAGAAAGUACUCUGCAAAAUUUUUAGAAACAAGAAAAAAAAAAUUAAGGGAAAUAUCUGUUAAAUUAAUGAAAGAAAUUAGAAAUGUCUUGGAUCAAAAAGAAAAUUUAGUAUAUUUAUUGGAAGGUGUAUAUAAGUGUCCAUUAUUAAUUCAACAUUUAGCUGGUGAGGAUAAAGAGGUUUUCUCCAUAUUACAAUCAACAUCAGUUUUACCAAAUUCAAAUUUUAAAAUAUUUUUUGGGCAUUUAGAAAUAUUAAGAGAAGGUAGUUAUGAUGGUCAAUACAGUUUUCAUUUUACAAUCAAUUCACUUGUAGAUUUCAACAAUACCCCAUUAGGAAAAGAAAUUAAUAUUCAAGAUUUCUCUGCUUUUUUACCAGUUGAUAGUUUAUUUAAACUCGAGCCAUACAGUGUCAAAAAGAGGGGUAUCCAACAUGGAAGUGUUAAAAUCAAAUAUUCAAAACAAGUUUUAUUAAUCUUAAAAAAAUAA